CAGCUGAUAUAAAUACGCAGAAUUGCUAACGUGUGUGUCCUUUCAAAACAACCCACGGUAACAAGGUCAUGGAAAACUAUAAAGAAAAAAGGGCCGGUGCAAAAUCUAUGUAGAGAAAAAGUAUAUUGUGUCUAAUAAAUCUAAAUCGCAAUUCAACAAAAUGCAAUAAAUUUAUAUCGAAAUUUCGUAUAAUUAAAAAAAAACUUGUACCGAAUGAAAAAGUGUUUUUAAAAAUAUAGUAUAUCUUCAUAAUAUUAUAAAACAACCAGACCAAAGUAUAAUCUCAUUCCAUUGCUUACAUUUACAAAAAAAUAAACUACAGAGCGAAUAAAUAAAUAACUGUUUUUGGAUGAUGACCACGAGUUGUUGCGAGUAUCAAAACUUUUUGCCUGUUUCCAAGAAAAAUUCACGCAAAAACAUUUUAACAUCCAACCUCUUCGAGCAUCAGUACGCUCCACCUUUUAUUAUAUGCCGAUAUACCGACCGUGAACUAGACGGCUUGGAGUCAGUGUAAAAGACCUUUACUGCGUACAAGUGUGUAAAGAACGAAACUUUUAAAAGUAGGCCUAAUCUAAGUACUUACCGCAAGCAUUUUGCAAUUAUGUCCAGCUCACCAUGUGGUGGUGGAGGUGCUGGAAUCAAUGAUUCAGGCGGGGGCGGUGCCCAUGGAGAAGAUGACAAUCUGGGAUCAUCUUUAGAAGCGUUCCAGUCCAUGCCAAAUGACUUCAAUUCCGCAUUGGACGAUUUUCGCACCAACUGGCAAAAAGAGCUGCAACAAAAACAAGCCCCAGAAGAUGAAUUGCAACAUGUUGCCGUUGCCGCCUCAAAAGAAGCUGAAGAUGUUGAAAGUCCUCUGACCGCCACACACAUUGGCGGAGACCAAGAGGCCUUAGCAAAAAGCUACUUCCACAAAGCCGUGGAGUUGGAAAAACGCGGUAAAGUCUACGAUGCCAUACCAUUUUAUCGCAAGGCUGUACAAAUUGACCCAAAUAUCGAAUUUACCUACUAUGAACAUCAAAAAUCAACAAACACCUUGCAAUCAAAGGAAUUGCGCACAAAUACUGCAAGCACACAAAAGGCUAAUGAGAUUCCCGAUUUUUCCGAGGAGGAUGUUAUCGAUGAUUUAUAUGAGAAAUUUCAAAAUGAUUUAGCCCGAAACUUUCAGGGAAAAUUAAUAAUGAGCAGCCGUGAUCCGGGUACUAUCACCACGGAAAUGCAUAUUUCAGAAUUGCCGCCAGAGCUUUUGUUAUACAUAAUGCGCUGGGUGGUUUCCAAUCAAUUAGAUUUGCGUUCAUUGGAACAUUGUGCUGCUGUUUGCAAGGGCAUGUAUUUGAUGGCACGAGAUGAAGAAAUUUGGCGUUUGGCUUGUGUCAAAGUUUGGGGACACAAUGUUGGCAGCCUCACUCAUUCUGAUCAUGAUGAAGAGAAACCAUCGCAAUUGGAUGAUCAAUGCCCCAUAAUACCGAAAUAUUCUAGCUGGAGACAAAUGUUUAUAGAGCGCGAACGGGUGCUAUUCAAUGGUUGUUACAUCAGCAAAACUACCUACAUUCGUAUGGGAGAAAAUAGUUUUCAGGAUCAAUACUAUCGUCCUGUGCAACUGGUUGAGUAUUAUCGGUAUUUGCGUUUCCUACCCGAUGGUACAGUAUUCAUGAUGACCAAUGCCGAUGAACCACAACAAGGUGUGACCAGAUUGAAGAACUUGCAACAAUUACGCCCUGAUAUCAUUAAGGGUCAUUAUCGUUUAUUCGGCAGCACCAUCACCGUUGUCCUUGCAAAGCAACAGCAGCAAUCAAAAUUCAUAAGAAAUCCUGCAGGCGGUACAUAUAACCGACAUCGUCGUGGCAGUUCCGUGUAUGAUGAGGCAUCCUGCAACAGUACCAAGUACUGUAUUGAAUUCCGCAUACUGCAUACGUCGAAGCGUAAGUUUGCUCAAUUGGCUUGGCUACACUAUUCGAUAGUGCAAGUUCGUAAUAAGAUCGAAACUACAUCUGAGUUUGAUAUAACUCCUUCUAAAUAUCCACCCUUGAGAUUUUCACCGGUGCGUAGUUAUCACUUGGAUUCUGAUGCUCCUCUAAUUUAAAGAGAAGGGAUGUUUAUAUUUUUUGCUGGGUAGAAAUUAAAACUUACAGCUUCGCAGAGCGAUAUCGCUUAGUCUACAAUAAAACAAAAACAACAGCCAAAAUGUUGGCUAUAAAAA